CUUUGAUCGCGCGAGGUUGAUGACAUGACGUAAACAUCAGCCAUACUUCCUCCGUCUUCCUUCACGUCGUUCACACCCAUCCCAUGAGCGACCGACCCCCAACUCUCGAUGAUUUGCGCGUGAAGCUGUGCUACAUCUGUAGGGAGGAGGAGAAUGCUGGACAUCCCGGCCCUGUCAGGCCUUGGGUUCACCCUUGCAAUUGCACUCUUGUUGCGCACGAGGCAUGUCUGCUUGAAUGGAUCACAUCCUCCGAAGGCACAGGACGCGAAUCCAGCUCGCGUCAGUGCCCGCAAUGCAAAACGCAAUAUCAAGUCGAAAGCAAGAAUCCUGUGGUUCUUCGUGUCCUGCGCUCAAUCGAUAGAGUCCUAACCCGUGUCGACUAUGGUUUCUAUGCAGCAGGGUUCUAUCUCAUCUGUCGAGCGAUUUAUCGCACCAAUCUUCUCUACGGGUCUUGGGCACUGCGAAACUACAUCGGCGACGAGCAAGUCUUUCCUCGUCGUGGUCACAUGCGACUCAGACGUUUGCAGAACCUUCGACCUCCUUCUCGGAGAAGACUCUUCUCAGUGGUCACUCGUAGCCAAACUUCAUAUGGUGAUGAUUCCGACGGGUCUCAUUAUGACCCGUCUAGGCCUGGGCCAUAUAACGGCGGUUACACUAGGCAGCUGGCCUACAUUCGCCUUCAUCCCAGCCGUGAUGCACCAGUCCAAGUCGCUAGAUCUGACUCACUCCAGUCUUACGGGCGAGGGUGCAAAGCUGCCAUGGCCACCAUCUCCAUUCGUAUUCGGGUUCAUCUUGCUGCCGCUCUGCCAGAGGUUUUACCGACACUACUUCAACAAGUUCUCGAAUUGGGUGUUGAAUGCGAACCCAGCAGCGGGACCAGCUCGAAGACGCCAGCCCGGAUUGCGAGGGCUGCUCCAGGGUAUCUUGGAUGACAUGGAACGGGCAGCGGAGGCCAGGGCGGCCCAGCAGCCGAACGAGGACAACGAUCGUGCCGACAUCCAGGUGGAGGUCGAGGGAGAGCCCGCAGUCCUUUCGGUCGACAUACGGAAAGCAUGCAGGCUUGUUGGAGGCGCGCUGUUGUCUCCCUUGAUUGCUAGCGCCAUGGGCAAGCUCCUUCUCCGGAUAUCCUCGUACUUCCCUCUUCUUCGACGCUUCCUCGCGAUUCGUCCGGCCUCGACUGGCUUCCUUCCCGCUCCGUUUCUGCGCAGAUAUUCUCCAACGGAGAUCUGGCGUCGAGUAACCGACCCGACUAUCAAAGACGGGAAACUUGACCUGACGCAGACGCUCAAGUUUGUAUCCAGAGCUGUUUGGGGCGACAUGCGGAAAUUGGAUGAAUGCGAUCCUGUUUGGUGGCGAAACUCGAUUGGAUUUGGGAUCUUCAUCAUGACCAAAGACCUACUGCAGCUGCUUCAUGUGUGGCUUUCCAAGCGAGAAGUCGCGUCUCGACGGGUCAAGAGCUGGGACUUUUCGGCUGUAGAUCCCCGGGAGCUUGAUCUCAUUCGACCAUCAGUACGGGCUGACCUGACUAUGCCAGGAGCAUUGUGACCCUUGGCUAUAAUUUGUUGUAAUAUCAUCGCCGCUCAUUCAUAUUCUCUCUACAAAUAGAUUCUCGAAGCCGAGUUGACAAGCUGCUGAACGAUGCCCGGCAAUCAGCUGCGCAUGGCUGGGUACCUAAGGUUCCUUGACGUCAUUGGUCCAUUCCAACCUGACCUGGUGGGAUCUGGGCCUGCAGAUCACAUACUAUUCGAGGGCAACGUCCGCGUUAUCGUGGACCAUCAUCGCGCGCCCAGUGACUCAUCCCAGGUCAUUCGUUCCCUGGAGGUGCGUAUGUGUGACAGCGAUGGGCGGAGAGAAGACUUUCAGGACCACAUGGCUGUUACUCAUUGCACAGGAGUGUCUUUCGGAGAAUUUCUAUCCCCGUUCCAGUGCCACCUGG